AUGAAGGGAGAACCAACUCCAGAACUGGCUUGUCACCCUAAGCCCAAGACCACAGAAAGAUCUCUGUCUCCCAGUCCGAGCUUCCAUUUCUGCCAAAGAGGCCAGGUUCAGGUCUCCUCAAGUCCUAAGCUACUUCCAGACGCAGACACAGUGAAUACCCAUGGCCUGGCCUGUGCCAGCUGUUUGGGCCCUUUGCCACUGACACCUGCCAGCUCUGCCCUGCUGGCUUGCCCCCAGGGCCUGGAACUGUAUCUCUGCACCCUGCAGCCAGCAUCCCUGGGUGUAGGUCUGCAGGUCCUCAGAGAUGACACCCUGUACAUGAAGCACCAGUCACCAUGGCUGCAGGCCAGUUCCACUGAUGACCAGAAACUCACUGCCGAGUACCUGCUAAGCAGGAAAAAGAUGGGAAGCCAGCUGGAAAGAGCCGAAGAGCGAGACCUCAGCUCGCCCUCCCCUGCUUGGGGAAGCAGCCCUGCCCCAAUACCCUGGCAGAACAGAAAGAACUCCAUCCCCCUGGCUUUCUGUCCCUGCUGCACUUCUGCCCAAACCUCCAAGGAGCUCCCUUUACACUUCCACUCCUUCUACCCCACAUACCCACUUCUGUUGCCCCCAUCCUACCUGUUCCCCUAUGGGGCCCAUCCUUCUGUCCAGUUCCCCCACCUCUUCAUGCCACCCCAAGUCACCUCCUUCCCUACCAUGGCUGUGCCUAGCUUUCUGAUGACCACCAAUGACCCCCCCGUACAACAGAGUACCCCGGGGGAGACGCUAUCUCCCAACCCAGGGGGCUUUCAAGCCUUUGGCCACGCUCUGCCCUCCCAAGCCAGGAAUCCAGGCCCAGACGCUUCCCAGCCCUGCUCUCCAGGCCUGGAGCAAGUGAGCAUGGCAGCUCUCACAAAGCGGGCCCCAUCAGGCUCCAGGGCCGGUACCACAGCCCUGCCCUACCCACUGAAGAAGCAGAACGGCAAAAUCCUGUACGAGUGCAACGUGUGCAACAAGAGCUUUGGGCAGCUCUCCAACCUCAAGGUCCACCUGCGUGUGCACAGUGGGGAGCGCCCGUUCCAGUGUGCCCUGUGCAAGAAGAACUUCACCCAGCUUGCCCAUCUGCAGAAGCACCAGUUGGUGCAUACUGGGGAGCGACCCCACAAGUGCCCGCUGUGCCACAAGCACUUCAGCAGCUCCAGCAACCUCAAGACCCACCUGCGCCUGCACUCGGGGGCCCGGCCAUUCCAGUGUAGUGUCUGCCCACGUCGCUUCACCCAGCAUGUUCACCUGAAGCUGCACCACCAGCUGCAUGUGCCUCGGCCCCCUCACGCCCACCUACCAGUGGCCCCUCUUGCCUGUCUUGCCUGCUGGCAAAUGGGGUCACUGGAUUUUGUGGCAGUGCCAUCAGAGACGAAGAUGGGCUGGGACACAGAUAAGGAAAAGGCAUCCCAGGCACCUGGGGGAAAACCAGGACAGUCAACCUGA